UUGGAGGAAUUGCAUGAUCAACGUUAUUGGAUGGACGGUUGCUGCAGAGUUGUCACAUUUUGUCUUAAAAAAAAUGCAUGAGUUCUGCUUCUGAUUUGCUCAAGCAACCCAAGGACACGUUCUGUGAUGAUGAGCUGUCUGCAGAAGUUCUUUUUGAUGAGUUAUUUCUAAGGCACUCAAUUUGGCUUUUCUUGUUUAGGAACAGCAACAGUGCGACAAUUACUAACAAUCUGGAAUACAUUCUGGAUAUGCUAACAUUCCUCAAGGUAUUUUGGAGUUGUGCUUUCCUAUUGCCAGGAAGAGUGAUAAAGCAGGUUGAGCAGAUCUGCAAGAGUUUCUUGUGGUCUGGUUCUUGGGAAAAGAGAGUAAUCAGGUAUAGCACUGGUUUCCUGGGAUAUUGGAUGCCUGGAUGCCUACUCUAGUGUGAAGGUGAAUUAGUGGUUAAACAGCUGAAGGCAUGGAACAAUAAACAAUUGUGGCAGCUGUGUACACCAUCUAAUGCAUUGUGGAGUACCUGGCGUGAUAGUAAAUUGAAAGGGGCUAGUUUUUGGUCAGUAAAGAUAUCUGUGGACUGUGCUUGGGCUUGGAGGAAGCUUCUACAACUCAGACCUUUGGUGCUGAAUCUAAUCGUGAUGGAGAUUGGAGAUUGGAGAUUGGAGACAGGUUUUGCUGUUCUAUCCUAUGAUUGCUAGCACCAUGCCAGUAGGUUGGCGGAUAGAAUAGUUAUGAGAAACUGCCAGUGAGGGCCUGAUGUCAAAGUGGCUGACUGGAGAAGGAAUGGCACUGGAAUAUACCUGCAAGCUGUCUGGAAGGGAAAUGAGUCUCGCAUUUACUCAAUUGCUACAUGAUAUGAGUUAUGUAGAAACCAGAGGGAAAAGGUCAAGUGGCAUCGAUUUAUAUAUGGCAAUCAUGGUUGCUGCCCAGACAAAAAGCUUUAUGAUGUUGAUGUGGCUGUGGCUGUUAAUGCAUGGAAGGCUGAAGACUAAACAAUUCCUCAACUGUUGCGGGCUUUCUGUUGAAACUUACGUGCAAAAUGUGUGCUGAAGCAGAGGAGACAUGCUUGCACUUGUUUUUCAGGUGUAGGUAUACUAAGGAGAUUUUGAACA